AUGAGGAAUGAAGCGAGGGAUGGUGGCCCAGGCAGGGUGUUGAGUAGCCCAGAGACUGAGUGCAGGUCUGUUACUGACCUUGUUGAGGACAGAGAGAGCUCUGGGUCUGAGUGUACAUCCACAGAGCCUGAUUCUGAGAGUAAACCAAACCUAAGUGACACCAUCCCAGACACUAGCCAGGACACCCCACAGGACACAGCUGAUACAGAAGCCAUACACAUGUCAGAUUCGAAACCCAAUGAAGAGAGAACAGCAGGUGGGGUGGAGGGCAGAGCACUUAGACAAAACACAAGAGCAAAUAUAAGGCCUGGGCAUCACAGUAGAACACAGUCAAGGUGCCCACCACGCUUGGACGAGUAUGGAUUUUUGUGUGAUGACGAUGAUUUGGAAUAUCCCAAAUGCCAUAAAUACUUUAAAGGUUGUGAGGUGGAUGAACUGGUGGAAAAGAAGUGGAUAACGCUAUUAGAAGAUGACCAGUGGACCAAGCAUCAGACCUCAGCGGCCAAGAUUCAGUCCUACAUUCAGAAGGGAGUUCCCCACUGCUACAGAGGGCGCUUAUGGGUCAAACUGCUAGAUGUGGAAAUGCUAGCUAUGAAAGCAAAUUUUAGUUACAAGGCAAAUGUGGUGUCGAUGAGAGAGCAGUUGGUGGAACUGGGGAUCAGUGAAUUUCAGUUUGCGGAAUCUCUCAACGUGCUGGGAAACCUGAGGGAUGAUCUACCGCUAGAAGGCCAGGAGAACAACUCCACGUCACACUUCAUUGAUCCUGUCACACUAAGACAGAUAUUCUGUGACAUAGAGCGUACAUACCCAAGUCACAAGAUGUUCUCCAGCCGUUGUCAGGGAGGUCAGGAGGGCUGUGCUGCUCUAUUCCGGGUUCUAUCUGUCUAUGCCCGGUACAACCGCGAGGUCGGCUACUGUCAAGGCAUGUCGUACAUAGCAGGAAUGUUACUGAUGCAGAUGUCUGAAGCUGAAGCUUUCUGGUGCUUAGUGGCACUUCUUGAGAGACCGAAAUACUUGCAGGGAAUUUUUGGUCAUUCUUUGAAAAAGAUGAAGAAUUAUGCUGCUGUGUUCAAGAAACUGCUUGCCUGCAGGCUUCCUGUCCUGACCAAGCAUCUGAGGUCAUUGGAGUUACAGCCCUUGAUGUUUCUCACACCUUGGUUCAUGUGUGUGUUUGCUGAGCUCCCCUGCUGGGACACCGUCCUCUUUAUCUGGGAUCUCUUCCUCCUGGACGGUUUGAGUACAAUCUUCCAAGUGGCACUGGCCAUAAUGCAGGUGUGUGAAACAAGGAUAAUGGAAUGUGGUGAUCUGUCCAGUCUGUUACCUGUGCUGUUACAUGUAUCACCAGAUAUGUGUCAGUAUGAAAACUUGGUGCCGGUGCUUUUGGAAAUCCACAUUGAGCCAUGGGAGAUAAAGUCUCUUCUGGCUGUCAUCUCAGAGGAAGAGGAUAUACGACAGAAACGCAAGAGGAUUCUAUCUGGGGAGACAGAGAACAGCUUAGAUGGAGAUGCCAAAAGACCUAAAAUGCAAACUUCUGGUGAGUCAUCAUCUUCCCCAUCCAUCUUCAGAAGAUUUAUCAACUUUGUGACAGGAAAGACUGAGCCGAGUCAAAAGCCUGCAAAGCGCACUCAUACGCAGCGUCUUCUGCAGAGAGCGCAUUCUGAACGAGUCACUCGUAGGCGACAUGCACAAUUGGCUGCGACAGGCCCGUCCAGUGAAGAAUUUGGAGGAACGCCAGGGACACCUGCUGACGGGAAUGCUCAUCAUAACCGUGCACGGGAGGAGUUUACCUUCAGGAUGUUUAACACACCCGCCCCUGUCAGGAGAUCUCAGGGUCGUCAACUGGCCCUGUCCCACAGUUCAGUCCACAGUCCAGAGAUAGAGCUAGAGCCCAUGACCUUCUCAUCCCAGGACUAUGACCAUUGACUGCCUCACGCAGGUGACCUGUGACUGCCACACAUUGGUGACCUGUGACUGCCACACAUUGAUGACCUGUGACUGCCACACAUAGGUGACCUGUGACUGCCACACAUGGGUGACCUGUGACUGCCAUACACGGGUGACCUGUGACUGCCAUACACGGGUGACCUGUGACUGCCAUACACGGGUGACCUGUGACUGCCAUACACAGGUGACCUGUGACUGCCACACAUGGGUGACCUGUGACUGAUAUACAUAGGUGACCUGUGACUGCCACACAAGGGUGAGCUGUGACUGACACACAUGGGUGACUGGUGACUGCCACACAUGCAUGACCUGUGACUGCCACACAAGGGUGACCUGUGACUGCUACUGCCACACAAGGUGACCUGUGACUGCCACAUAUGGGU